ACGCCUCCGCCAAUGACUCAAGCUUAGACGAGGUGAGAUUAUCAGGGAUUCUUAGCCGCAGCAGACCUGCAUGUCUGAAGGGAAUCAAUCGCAAUGGGCAGCAGCGACUCAAAACUGAAUUUCAGGAAGGCAGUGAUCCAGCUAACGACCAAAACACAGCCAGUGGAGGCUACAGAUGAUGCCUUCUGGGAUCAGUUCUGGGUUGACAGCACUACCACAAUCCAGGAUGUUUUUGCUCUGGUGCCAGCUGCAGAGAUAAGAGCUGUGCGAGAGGAGUCCCCAUCAAACUUAGCAACCCUCUGUUAUAAGGCUGUAGAGAAGCUGGUGCAGGGAGCAGAAUCUGGGUGUCCGACUGAGAGGGAGAAGCAAGUGAUCCUUAACUGCACUCGGAUCCUUACCCGCAUUCUUCCUUACAUCUUUGAGGACCAGGACUGGAGAGGCUUCUUCUGGUCAACAGUGCCGGGUGCUGGGCGGGCUGGGACAGAUGAGAUGGAUGAUGACGAUGGAGCUCGACCACUGGCUGAGUCACUGCUCCUGGCGAUUGCUGACCUUCUCUUCUGCCCUGACUUCACUGUGCACAGCCACAGGAGAGGCCCUGACUCAGUGGAGAGCAUGCAAUCUUUAGACAGCUGUGAGUACAUCUGGGAGUCAGGGGUGGGAUUUGCACAGUCUCCUCCUCUCAACUACAUCCAUGACCUGAACAGGACAGAGUUGCUGAGGUUGUUACUGACCUGCUUCUCAGAGGCCAUGUACCUGCCUCCUUCAUCAGACAACAAUGUCCUCAACCCUUGGGUCACAUUCUUCUGCUCCACAGAAAAUAGACAUGCACUGCCUCUGUUCACAUCUCUGCUAAAUGUGGUGUGCGCCUAUGACCCUGUGGGCUACGGCAUUCCGUACAACCACCUACUCUUUGCUGACUACCGGGAACAGCUGGUGGAGCAAGCUGUGCAGGUCCUCAUUGUAACACUGGAACAUGAUGGAGGGGCUCCCCACCCUCCUGCCUCUCCAUCCAGCAUGGAGGAACAUGAGUCUGCAGGCCCCGAAAACCUGUUUGUGAAUUAUUUAUCAAGGAUUCACAGAGAGGAGGACUUUGACUUUGUGCUGAAGGGUCUGGCUCGUCUGCUGACUAAUCCUCUGACUCAGACUUACCUGCCUAACUCCACCAAAAAGAUUCAGUUCCACCAGGAGCUGCUGGUGCUCUUCUGGAAGCUUUGCGACUUCAAUAAGAAGUUUCUGUUUUUUGUCCUGAAGAGCAGUGAUGUGCUGGACAUUCUGGUUCCUAUUCUCUAUUACCUGAAUGAUGCCCGAGCUGACCAGUCACGUGUUGGUCUCAUGCACAUUGGAGUGUUCAUUCUGCUGCUGUUGAGUGGAGAGAGAAAUUUUGGCGUACGCUUAAAUAAGCCCUAUUCCAUCCAUGUGCCUAUGGACAUCCCGGUAUUCACAGGGACUCAUGCUGACCUGCUUAUAGUGGUGUUUCACAAGAUCAUCACUACAGGCCACCAGCGUCUCCAGCCUCUAUUUGACUGCCUACUCACCAUUGUUGUAAAUGUUUCCCCAUAUCUGAAGAGCUUGUCUAUGGUGGCUGCCAAUAAACUGCUCCACCUACUGGAGGCCUUUUCCACCAGCUGGUACCUGUUCUCUACUGCCCAGAACCAUCACCUUGUUUUCUUCCUUCUUGAGGCUUUCAACAACAUCAUCCAGUACCAGUUUGAUGGAAACUGCAAUCUAGUAUAUGCCAUCAUCCGCAAGCGGAAUGUGUUCCACCAGCUGGCCAAUCUGCCAUCAGACCCCCCUUCAAUCCAAAAGGCCUUGCAGAGGAAGAAGAAGUCACCAGAUGUAAUUUCCCGCACAAGCUCCCAAGAGACUGUAUCCAUGGAGGGAUCACACCCUGCAGUGCCAGCAGAACCUGGUACACUUAAAGCCAGUCUAGUUGCUAUGCCAGGUAUUGAUAAACUGACAGAGAAGUCCCAGGUAUCAGAGGAUGGCACCAUGGUGUCAGUCCCAAAGACAGACUCUUUACAUACGGUCCACUCGGACCAAGGUGCAGCUGCUGGGACCAGUGACACAGAGUCAAACUCAGGCAGAGACAGUGAAGAUGUUUUCUACACUGAGGCAGAAAUGGAGAGAAGACGUUUGUCAAGUGUGUCUUCAACUUCGUUAUGGGCUCCCACACCUGAAUGGGUCCUGUCUUGGAAGUGCAAGUUACCUCUGCAGACUAUCAUGCGUCUCCUACAAGUACUAGUUCCUCAGGUGGAAAAGAUCUGCAUCGACAAGGGUCUGACAGAUGAAUCAGAGAUCCUCAAGUUUCUUCAGCAUGGCACUUUAGUGGGUCUCCUGCCAGUUCCUCACCCCAUCCUCAUCAGGAAGUAUCAGGCCAACGCUGGUACUGCCAUGUGGUUUCGCACUUACAUGUGGGGUGUGGUUUACUUACGCAAUGUGGAUCCUCCCAUCUGGUAUGACACAGAUGUCCGUCUUUUUGAGAUCCAAAGGAUGUAGACAAAAAGCAUUACGACUGAAAAACAAACAGUUCUGACUCCAGGGUUCCUCCUCCCUUCAGUAUUUGCUGGUUUCCUGGUAAACCUCACUGUGUUUAACUUCUUAACUUCUUUGUCAUCAUAAUGCUUGCCCCUUACACCACUCACUUGGGGAGCUUAAAGAUUUAUGAACUAUAAACAUUGAUGUCUAUAAACAAAUGUGUUAGUACUUUUCUUGAAAAUUUGAGACCACAGAAUGUCUGUCAAAGCACUGAGAUGACUGGAGUGUUUGCUGAAGGCUGAGGUUCUUUUCUUGAAAUAUUUGAUUUUUGUCAGAUUUGUCAUAGAGGGUAAAGUGCUUUCCAGCAAAGACAUAUAACCUGUUUUGGUUAGCAUAGUAUCAGUGUUUCCUAUUAUUUGUUGUACUUACUAUGCUUUCAAGUGUACUUGCACCUUUCUAGAUUUUCAGUUAUAGUUGUUUGUGUUGUUGGAAACAAUAAUACAGAUUGUAUCUUUUUGUGUAAAAGACCAGGGUUCAUUUUUGACCCAGCUUGCAAUGCUUACAGAGCUUGAUACUGAAAAUUGUAUUUUCCUUGAACUGUCCUGAAAUAUAUAUAUUUAGCAUCUGUGAAUUAUAUGUUGAUAUUACUAAACAGUGGACUUUAAUGGAAAAAUCUUUAAAUGAAAUGUAGCAGUGGUCUCUCACCAAUGUCAGCGUUAUACAUGUGAACUUUCAGAACACUGAUUAUGUAUUCGGUAGGUUAACCUCGGCACGAUUGAAAGUGGAACCUCCACAUGUUGGUCACUAGAUGUCCUUGUGCUCCUGCUCAGCAUUCAUCUUGCUGGAUGAUUUUCCAUUUCUGCAAUUAAAAUGGAUGGGUAUCUUUCCAAUCUGA